AUGCUAAGUCAACAACAGCAACAUCCACCCAAUAGAAACAAACCACACGUACAACGCGCUUGUAUUAAUUGUAGAAGGGCGCAUUUAGCUUGUGAUACUGAAAGGCCUUGUCGACGAUGCGUUUCACUUGGCAAACAAGAUGGAUGUUAUGAUAUUGAUCAUAAGAAACGUGGGCGCCCUAAAUUGAAACCCAACAACAGCAGCAGAGCUACAACAUCUUAUACCACCGCGAGUGAAUUUAUGCGUCAUUCAUCAUUUACCAUGACAACGCUUCCACCCACAGCAGCACAAACGACUUUACAAGGAACAUCGUCCCCUGUGGUCACGGCAUUUUUGUCCAUGGAGAUAUGUUGUGCGCGUGUAUCCGAUGAAGUCCAAACAUUAUUAGGUUAUUAUCCCCAAGAACUUGCCCAUCGUCCACUUUAUUCUUUCAUUGCUCCUACAAGUAGCGAGGUGCUUGCACGUUUGCAUCGUGUCUUGCUUGAUAAUGUAACGCAUGUGGCUUCCAGCGUGGAUGCCACUUGGCAACGGACACCACCCACGGAACGCACCACAUCAGAAAAGUUCUUUAGCACACAUCCAGAUACCCUUACCGCUAUAGCCAAUGGUUCUCAAACCGUAGCCGAUAUUCUAUGGAUGAAACGUAAUGAUGGUGGUCUUGAAGCGUUACAAGCUCAAUUUUAUUUAGGAGGAGGCCUGGGUGCUGAUUUAUACCAGCCAACGACUUUGGGUAGCUUGUAUAUCAUUUGUUUGCUAUCACGACCUACACGAGCUACAGCGGCAGCAGCAUCUGUGUAUGUUUCCAAUGCUAGUACUACUACCACUACUACUACUACCACCCAUAUCACUACAGCAUCAUCCACUGAUACCCCACCAUCACCUGUUCUUUUGACCAAUCCAACUACCUUUGCGCAACAAACACUUUUAUCAUCUUCAUCGAAUCAAUCCAAUAACAGCACAAGCUUUAUGAGAGUGGAUGCAUUGCUCUCUUGA